UGGCUACUGACCCUUCUCCCCUCCUUUUUCUUCUUUCUUUUUCUCUCCCACCCAACUUUUAAACCCUCGUCGGAGCAGACUCUAUCUCCGCUGAAACUCCACUGUUGUCCGUUCUCAGACCACACACAGUUGGUCGGUGUCGUAAUCUGGCUGAGAACGCCAUCUUUUGUCAUCCCGUCUAUGGUGGCUCUACUUUCUUUGGUUGGAUAUGAAAAGCUUUAGCGUCGACUGUAAGUUGCUUUAUUUGUCUAAUACUAUUUUACUCGCUAGGGUUUGUUUUCUAUUACUAUCGGACUUCGCGAGCUCGGAAGCGGAAAUUCUGCGAAGCUUCUCAAGCUGAGGUAUACCUUAUUGUUUUUCUCCGCAGUCAGAAGGAAUCGGUGAGGAUUUUGUUGAGUUUUAUUGAUGAUAAUCUGGAAGGUCGAUUUCAAAGGCGAUAGACUUGUGAUUAGAUGGAUUGAAGAUUUUGUGUUUGAAAUGUUGAUUUUGUUUACUUAGUUGAUUGAGAGUUGAGGACCUUGAGGUCCAUGAUCGUUAUUUGUAAAUAGCGUGAAGUGAUUGAGAUGAGAAAUUCGGGGCUUACUUGACUGUUGCAACUAACAUGAGUUGCUGCGAAAAGAACAGAGGAGGAGGGGAUUCGGAGCUCGAGCAGCCGGUUCUGCGGAGGUUUGUCGCGGAAGAACCAAGACUAGUUACGCAGAAUGGGUCGACCAGGGACCCGCAGUUAACAAUCGAUGAGAGUCUUUUGGUUGACCCGAAGUUGUUGUUUAUUGGGACCAAAAUUGGUGAGGGAGCACAUGGAAAGGUCUAUGAAGGAAGGUACGGCGAUCGAAUUGUUGCAAUUAAAGUUCUCAACCGUGGGAGCACUUCAGAGGAAAGAGCUGCUCUUGAAAGUCGUUUUGCUCGUGAAGUCAAUAUGAUGUCCCGCGUUAAACAUGAAAAUCUUGUCACGUUUAUAGGAGCUUGUAAGGAGCCAUUAAUGGUCAUAGUUACAGAGCUGCUACCCGGAUUGUCACUCCGGAAGUAUUUGUUUAGUAUUCGUCCAAAACAAUUGGACCUUCAUGUGGCUCUGAGUUUUGCCCUUGACAUAGCUCGAGCAACGGAUUGUUUACAUGCCAAUGGAAUCAUACACAGAGAUCUUAAGCCAGACAAUUUGUUGCUCACAGCAAAUCAGAAGGCCGUGAAGCUUGCGGAUUUUGGUCUUGCAAGAGAAGAAUCUGUGACUGAGAUGAUGACUGCUGAAACUGGGACUUACCGAUGGAUGGCUCCUGAGUUGUACAGUACUGUGACAUUGCGUCAGGGAGAGAAGAAGCAUUACAAUAACAAGGUUGAUGUUUAUAGCUUUGGAAUUGUCUUGUGGGAGCUGUUGACUAACCGCAUGCCAUUUGAAGGCAUGUCCAAUUUACAAGCUGCAUAUGCUGCUGCUUUCAAGCAAGAGAGGCCUAUUCUUCCGGAGGAUAUAUCCCCUGAUCUGGCAUUCAUUAUACAGUCAUGUUGGGUCGAGGAUCCUAACAUGAGGCCUAGCUUCAGCCAGAUCAUCCGCAUGCUCAACGCUUUUCAGUUUACACUGACACCACCAUUGCCAUCUGUGCCAAACACCGACUCUAACGAAGAAGGAGCGACUAGUAAUGGUAAUACUAUGGCUUUGAUAUCUGCUCGUGCAAGAGGGAAAUUUGCCUUUCUCAGACAGUUGUUCUCUGCUAAGAAAGCCAAGAACUCACAAUGAGCAGGUAAAGAUUAUGCUGUCAGGCGAAUCAAUUGGAACCUGUGAAGCUAAAUCAAGAUGUAGAAUGAUUUUCUUAUAGCAGAUAGAUCACAAGUUCUCUUCGACAUCAACUUGGAUUUGCCUCUCGGUAAGAUUCAGCUCCAAAUCUCACCUAAACUAGUACUUUCAAUCUUUGGCACGCCUCCAAAUAUAUAUACCUUAUUAAGUAAUUAUGGCUCUUGUCCUGGUUGGAUUUGUUGUGAUUGUCAAUAUGUGACACAGGGCUGUGUUAGCUCGGGGCCGUCAUGGUUUUGUAGUCUGAUAGCGUAGCGCCCUUGGGGAUGACUUUAAUCUUGCUCGGAUGUACCAUUGACCUCUCUCUGAUACAUAAAUAAAUAAAUAAAUAAAGCUUUCUUCCGACAUGGCAAAAUGAUAUGAAAUGUAUAAAAAAAUUUCUUCUGAAGGUGCAAACUAAUUACUCACAACUGGGCACAGCGACCAUUAGCUUGGAUAAGUGCUCAUUGUGAGUUAGAUUUUUUAUUGGAAUCCAUUUAAGGUGUCUUGGACCUCUUGGUACCUGUUGGAUGGAAGGAUUUCUGAGGAUAUUUGCAUGCCUGAGUUGUUUUUCUUUCGGCCUCAUGAAUAAGAGUGCUUCAAGGCGAAGUUUCACAUGCUGCACCAGUAUGUCUGUGUUUCUUUUCCCCGGAGUUACCAGUAUGUAUGUCGCCUUAUACUCUUGAAAAUGAACUAUCCUAAUUCAUGAUAUAAAUACUGUAUGAUUGAUGGA